AUGGGGGGCUGGGACGACUACCCACUUCUCGCCGACCCCAACGACGACCCAAAGCCGGAACAGCCGCCUCGCCUCGUCGACAAACAUCUCGCCGCCAACCGCUCCACCAUCCCCCUCUUUGUCGAGGGCUCAGUGUACCGCUCCAUUUGUGACUGUGGCCACGAGACGGUUUCGGACAUGUAUUGGGCAGAAGAGCGCGAGCGUCCGCUUCUGUUCCCGACGCUGUGGUGCGACCGGACAGCCCACCCUGUGUACCGGGCGGCGUCGUCGUGUGUUGCCAACAUCCCUCUGGACAAGCUACUGCGCGACCUUGCCAUGGUGGCGACCAAGAAGCGUGGUGAUGCGUCUGUCAUUCGCCUAGCCACUUCUGCAGACUGGCAGGCUAUGUAG